AUGUUGCUACGUGUGGCAUUGACGCCACUCUUGUCUUCAGCAGUUGAAGCGUCCACUCUUCUUGUUGUACCCAGGCCAUCUGCCACUAUCUUCCAAUUUCGUGGGCGACGUCGUACACUUACUCCAUCUCCAUGGCUACCUCCUGUUGCUGAGAGAAGCCAUCAAGAUUAUUUAGACGAUGAAAAUCGAGCAUUGCUUCAUGAAGUUGUUAUUGCUGAGAAGAGAUCUGCUAUUUGCCUGGCUGCUGCGAGUACCCAGGGAUGUGAGGCCACAGUGGCUGAAAUAGAACUACCAACCAGACGAGUAGGUAAGCUGUUUUAGUC